AACGACUGGGAUGGUAUUAAAAACGCUGAAAAUGUCUUAGUCCACAUUCCGAAAGCGACAAGAGGAUGGGAAGGGAAGGUCUACGUUGCGCACUUGCGCUCGCUCUUAUAAGCGUUGGGAUUGCCUUGUACAUCGAAGACAAAGACAAUACCGGCAACAAAGAUCCUUCUAAAGGUAGGCAUUUUGAUUUGGUAUCAAUCGCUUAUUUGCGCCAAUAUGACCCACCCAGGAGUCCCCGAGGAAGAUCACCACCCGCCAGUCCUGCGCCCGCUCCGGGCGGCAGAAUACGCAGUGGACAGCGAUCUCCCGGGCGGAGAAAUCCCAGUCAUAGGAGUCCUGAGGAGGGUAGUGGUGAUGAUAUAGAAACACCUAGACCGACUAGACAUAGUCACAGGGGUAGAAGACCCAGUGCAUUGCGUCCUCCCGGUCGUAAGAGUCUUCAAGAGGGUAGUGGUGAUGACAUGGAAAGACCUAGACCAACUAGACCCAGUCGCGGGGGCAGAAGACGUCCCUCAAGGCGGAGAAAUCCUAGUCAUAGGAGUCAUGAAGAGGGAAGUGGUGAUGAUACAGAAAGACCUAGACCGACUAGACCCAGUCACAGAGGCAGAAGGCCCAGUGAAAUGCGUCCUCCCAGGCGGAGAAGACCCAGUCACAGAAGUCCUAGAGAGGGCAGUGGUGAUAUGGAACCCCCAAAACUGCGUACUCCAAUUCCAUGUGCAACGUGUAGAAUAGUUACAAACCAAGUGAAUCAAAUGCUUGAGGAUAAUCCUACUGAGCAAGGGGUUGUCGAUGCUGUGGACACAGUCUGUUCUGAGCUGCCAAGCAAUUAUAACGUGGAGUGUGAAAUAUUUCUGGGCAUGUAUGGUGGAGACCUUGUCGACUUUCUUCUGAAUCAAGGGGAACCAGGGGUAUUUUGCAGUACAAUGCUACUUUGCUGAGUGAAGAUAGAUUAGAUAUAACGGUUUUUCUACACCAGCCUCUGACUCUGCAUCGACACUACAGGGAACAAAGAAAUGACGCGCUAAUAUCUUCAGUGAUAUACAUAUAUAUAUAUCUUGGACCCAACUGAACUGUUUUCAACUUAUAAGAUAGAAAAAGUAGACUGCAAAAUGACCUGCUUGAUUGUUUCAAAUGUAGGAGGGAAGAGGACGUGUACGUCACAUAGGCCUACAAAUAGGAGAAGGGUUACACAACAACAAGAAAGUGGGACACAAAUACAAAUGCUUUGUUUUGCACCAAUAUCUGUAUAUUGGUUACCAUGAUGUCCAAAGUGUUUCCAAUAUAUCAAAAGGGAUGCGAUGUGAAGCACGGUUUAUGACAAGUGAUCUUUAUGUGUCCUUACAUGUUGUAACCGCAUGGUUUUUUAUGUAGUAAAAAGAAGAAACUGGAAUUCUCAUCAAGAUUGACUAAAUGACAUUUAUACCUCUUCUGUUGUAUCAGUUAUUCGUGACUUGAUCAGUGCAUUUAUUUCUUGACUGUAACAACAGCUUUUUCAAUAUUAAAGGAGGAUAUAAAUAAAAUGAUCAGAUUAGUUUCA